GGAAAAACUAAACAACAAUCAUGACUCCUGUCAUUCAUCCUCCGUUUAUAUUAAUAUCGCUCAAUCAUAACGCUCGGCCUGGUUACCGCCACAGUUUGCCGCAAUAAAUGACGAGCCUCCCCGAUAAGUCUAAGCUGGCUUGAGAGAGAUGUCAUCUCCGGGUAUGGGCACCCCCAGUGACCCCCUUCUGUACAGUUCAGGAGAGGGGUCAUCAUCCUUGUCUCAGGAAAGAUCCUGGAGGAACUCAUUACCCAAAACAGCCAGCUUCCCAACAUCCACAAUCCGGCACCUCAGUCACCGAGCCAACAACUUUCAGAGACAGCCAAAGCGUCAGAAGCCAAUAAGACCCUCACCACCUCCUCCACCUAACACACCGUGUCCCCUCGACCAGCUAGACCUCAGUGAGCUUCCCCCAAGACGCACCUUACGAGAGCUUCUCUUCAACGGCAGCAUCCUGUUUGGUAUUGAGUUUAGCUAUGCCAUGGAGACGGCUUAUGUUACACCUGUACUCCUGCAGAUGGGCCUUCCUGAUCAGUUCUACAGCUUGGUCUGGUUUAUUAGCCCCAUACUGGGAUUCCUUGUUCAGCCUCUCAUUGGAGCAUGGAGUGAUACAUGUACAUCCCGGUUCGGGCGAAGGAGACCCUUUAUUUUAGCCUUGGCUAUAGGCGCUUUAGUUGGUCUAACCCUUGUGCUGAAUGGGCGGGACAUUGGAGUAGUGAUGGCUGACACAGCAACAAAUCACAGGUGGGGAAUUUUCCUGACGGUGUGCGGUGUGGUUUUGAUGGACUUCAGCGCUGAUUCAGCUGACAACCCCAGCCAUGCCUACAUGAUGGAUGUGUGCUGCCCAGAAGACCAAGAUCGGGGGCUGAACAUCCAUGCAUUACUAGCAGGACUGGGAGGUGGAUUUGGUUACAUUGUGGGUGGAAUCAACUGGGACCAAACACGGUUUGGACAGUCACUGGGGGGCCAACUCCGGGUUAUAUUCCUGUUCACAAGCAUCACGUUAGCAUUUUCCACAGUCAUGACUCUGUUCAGUAUCCCUGAAAGGCCUCUACCAUUAAGCCAGCCGAACAAAAAAUCUAAAUCUCAUCUAAAAAGCCCCAGCCUCCCUCUUCCACUAUCCCCUCCUGUUCAGGGCUCAGCUUUAGGAGCAUAUGAUGACGAUGAAGAUGGUCUUUACAACUACGAUUUCUCAAAGUCAUGUAACACUGACCCCAUGGCCCAUUCUUGUAGUGCCAGUGCACGCCUUUGUGCAGGCCUUACAAGCCCAAUAUCACCCCUGAGUCCUCUCACUCCAAAAUACGGCAGCAUUAUCAGCAGGGACAACUCGAUCAAUGGCAUUAAUGAGUUUGCCUCCUCAUUAGGGACCUCCUACAUUGACAGUGUGCUCAUAAACUGCUACACAGGUCCGCAGACACCACAGGCCCUGGCUCCUAACUCAACCACUGCGCCCCUGCCCCCCGGGGAUUCCCCUCCUCCUCAUGAGUGCACACAGGUGUCAGGAAGUUACUCUGCAGAGCUGACCCAGGCUGAUGCAGCGUCUCAUCAAGCAGAGGAAGCUGAGGAUCCAAGAGAGUCACAGACAGAGGGAGAUGCACAAUCUUCUGGAGCAUCUCAGGUCCCAUCUGGGGUUCAUUCCAACGCAGGGUCACAUCGGCGCUCCUCUUCUGGUAUCCUGAAGCGACCCCAGAGCCUUGCACUACUAGACAACUCUAUGUCAAGCCAGCUUGUUGCAUCGGAGAAUGGACGUAGGAGAACAGUGACCUUUAGCCAGCAGGUCGCAAAUAUUCUUUUGAAUGGAGUGCGAUAUGAGAGUGGUCUGAGUGAGAGUGUGGAGACAGGAGAAUGCCAAAUGUCGUUAAAGCUUCUGUGUAUAGCCAUCUACAGGAUGCCGCCUUCUCUGCGGAGCUUAUGCACUAAUCAUUUUCUGGGCUGGCUGUCCUUUGAAGGAAUGCUGCUCUUCUACACUGACUUCAUGGGGGAAGUUGUGUUUGAAGGAGACCCCAAAGCGCCCCAUGACUCUGAGGCUUAUGAACGCUACAAUGCUGGUGUUAGCAUGGGUUGCUGGGGUAUGUGCAUCUAUGCAUUCAGUGCUGCUUUCUACUCAGCCAUACUGGAGAAACUUGAGGAACGUUUCUCUCUUCGCACACUGUACUUUUUUGCCUACCUGGCAUUUGGUUUGGGCACCGGACUAACCACACUGUCCACCAACCUCUAUGUGGUACUUUCUCUGUGUGUCACCUACGGGGUGCUCUUCUCCUCUCUAUGCACGCUGCCUUACUCUCUGCUGUGUGAAUACUACCAGAGCCCUCAGUUUUGUGGCUCAUCAGAGGAAGGGACCAGACGAGGGAUGGGGGUGGACAUCUCUCUGCUCAGCUGCCAGUACUUCCUGGCUCAGAUCCUGGUCUCUGUGGCGAUGGGACCCCUGACCUCACUGGUGGGUGGGGCCCAGGGAGUGAUGUACUUUUCAAGCCUGAUGUCAUUCGUUGGCUGCCUGUACUCCUCUCUCUGCGUGGUGUACCAGCUGCCCCCCCCUGAGGGAAGAGGAGAAGUUGAAACUGGGGUGUGAAUCAGCAUUCAGUCGGAAACCGAACAAAACAGAAGAACAGCAAACAGGGAGAAGACUCAUGUGAACUAUGGGUAACCCUGAAGGUGGACAACACUGACAGAAAAGACUGUGGGGGUUCAAAGAGCCAGCAGCAAGUGCUUAUUUUCAUCUGUAGGGCGCAUGCUAAAAGUAGGCUUUGCCUCCACCAUGCUCUCAGCCCAUCAAGUCAGUAUAGUAAUGACCUUACAUGUAUAAGCCAAGUUCCUCACAGGGUGUUCAGACUUAAUUUUCCAUCCUUGAAAAGCCAUUUUCAUCAUGGAUUUUUACAUCUGGUGUGUUAUGGCAAACAGUUUGCUUUAUCUGUUUGGCUUCAUCCCCGUAUCACAGGCCCCCAGCCUGACUCAAAGGCCUUAACAUAAGGUUAACUUCAGUACAUACCAUCGUGAUGGUUUUAUUGACUGGCUCUUCCAGUGAACAUCUCAACAUCAAGGAGCCAGUUUCAAUUGCUGCCUCAGCAGAAUGUCAAUAAUUGCUUAUUAAAGCCUCCUGGACUGACUGGAUGCACGCCAUGCUAAUGUUUCUGAGGAAACAGGUACUGUAUGGAUCAUACUGUUGCAGCUUGCUUAAGAUAAAAUAAAACACUGUUUUUGUGUUGUUACCACCUAUUGCUCGAUCUUAGCAGUGUUGCUGUAAAAGCUACUU